UAUAUAUAUAUAUAUAUGUAUAUAAAUGAUAUCUACUGCAGUGGUUCUUGGACCUGGAACAUAAAACACUAGCUCUUCUGUGAGAAGCAAACAUGGAUUUACCGAGAGAAAAACUCUGAAUAAAGGGAUUUAUUUAAGCAAGAAGAGCCAAUGCCUCAGUUGAAGGAAAGACCGGUCAACACAACAAAGAAGGAGGAGAGGAGUGAAAGAGCGGGGCUCAGUGAGGGGGUGAACAAGCUGAGUGCCAACUGGAUGUGGAGGAUUCUGACAAAGUCCAGCGUCUAUGGCGUCUCCAAGGAAACAAUGCAACAAAGUUCACAAAGCACAAGCAAAACUCACCGCAAGCUCGUCACUGCAUCGAGAGGAUGAGACUGGUCAGUGAACACAAGAAACAGAGCCAGCACAUCAACUCCCACACUCUGAAUAAGGAGCCCUCGCAUGAUCUCCAGAUCUCCAGGCAAAAUAGAACAAGGACACUGUAUUUUGUUUUCCAUCAUUGACAUUAGGAAAGGUAAAAAACUCAGCCAGUGGGCACAGACAAUCCAACGGGGGAUCACAUGGCCUCAUCAGAGACGAUGGGCACUGGAAGCACUUUUGUGACCGUGGCAGUGGACUCUUUGGGAACUGAUCCACACAUGUGGGGUCUGUGCAACAGAAUUAAGGUCCUGGAGCAGAGAACCGUUUCAACCGUCCAGUCUGACUGCUACCUGAGGAACAGCAUGCAACACUGUCAGAGGCUGGACCAAAGACUCCAUGUGCUCAGGGAGGAGGUCAGGACCAUGACUCAGGAGAAGGAGCGAGGGGAGCGGGUGUGGAGGGAGCGACUGCAGCGCUGUCAGAGGCAGCUGAAAGCCAAAGAGGACGAGAUGAGUCGCCAGUCCCAGUACUUUGAGAACUUUAAAACCCAACUCCAACACAAGCUCAGUCUGGCCCGGGAACGAGAGCAGAGCCUACAGAGCCGCAUCUUCACUUUAGAGAAGCAGCUCCUUGACUUGACCGUGAGUGCAGCCACUGGUAUGGCGACGGUCCGUGCGGUCAGAAUUACUGCCGGGACAGUAACAACCUGGGAAGUGCAAGACAGGCUGACUUCAAUGAGAGGAGAGGGUGAAGGAGAAGAGGAGAACAAGGAGGAGAGGAUGAAGCAAUGGCAGCCAAGGGUGUUGAUGCAAAGAAAUGGAGGACUGGAGGGUGAUGAGGGGACGUCAGAGAAAGAAAUAGAAGGCGGGAGAGACGGUGACACAAAACAGAAUUCAAAUGAGACCAGGCUGCAAGGUUUCAUACUGAGCCUGCAGGAGGACCUCAGGGUGCUGCUGGAGAGAGUGGAGGAUGGGAUGACAGAGCGUACGGGGCUGACAGAGCAGCUCCAGGAGGCUCAGGAGAACAACCAUGUCCUGGUUUGCAAAGUGGAGGAGAUGAAGGCGGAGGUGCAUCAGCUGAAGCUGUCCGAGGGCUCCCUGAUGGAGGAGGUUGAUGAGCUGAGGGAGGAGAACGACAAGCUCCAGCUGAUCCUCGGGGAAGCGGCACACCAAACAACAGCUCAGUUGUCAACAGUCCAUGAGCCCGUCUCCCUGAGUUCUGGCAUGAGCUCAUCCAGUGUCAGUCCCACUGUUUGUUCUGGGCUGUCCUCAGUGGAGAGCUCCGGAGAGGUUCAGGUGAAUUUGAGUGGAGGAAUCGAUGAGUUCCUUUCAUCCGCAGCUCCUUGUGAGCACCACCAGGUGUCAGCAGAGGGCGUACAGAGCCAAUCAGACUGUGGCUUCAACAACAACCUCAGCUUUCAGUCACUCUCCUUGACUAGAGAGAACAUAGGUGAGAUUAAAGUGGCGAGCAGGUGUCCUGAAGGGCUCUUAAACCUGGAGGGAAACUACAGCGAGGAGUCUGAAGCCCUGAGGGAAGCGUAUAAGAGUUUGGGCAUAGGGGAAGAUCUUGAAGCCCUUCAAGAGCAAUGUGACCGCCUGGAGUCUGCCCUGCAGCACACACAGGAACAACUAGAGGUGGUGGCUCAGGAGAACACUCGACUAAAAGUUCAACUCAGGAACCAGGUGGAGGAACAAGCUUCAGGGAGGAGGUCUUCACCAGAAAAGGCUGACCAUGGUUUAGCCCAGGAUGAUCUUGUCCAGGCCCUCAAUCAGGAGAACCGGGCUCUGGCAGACCGGAUCCAGGAGCUGCUGACUCACAUAGAGCUCAGAGAGGAGGAGAUCAAGAUGGAGCAAACACAGCUGAGGGAACAUGCCACUGGGUUGGAGGAGGACAGAGCCAGACUGGAGCAGGAGAACCAGGAGCAAGGGUGUUUGAUCACAGAGCUCACCAGGAAGACUGAGGAUGAUCUCAACACCAUCAUGGACCUUCAGCAAAAGGUAGAAGACGGCGGACAGCGGAACAUCCCAGAGGAACACGUGGACAGUGUGGUGGAAAGUGUGCUAAAAGAGGAGGAAGACCCACCUGGGGGUUAUAAAAGUGACCGUGAGCCUUUGCAGAACAACCCGCUGAAUCCUUUGCAUGUUAAUACACUGACUGAUGAAGUCGAGCACCUGACCAUGACAAUCCAGAGCCUCAGAACCGAGCAAGGCGACCUGGUAUGCAACAUAAACUCUCUGAGAGAGCAACAGGGAGAAGUAGCUUUGUCAAUCCAAACCAAAACAGAAGAGAAACAGCAGUUAACUCGGGCAGUGUGGGGACUGAAGGAGGAGAGAGACAGCAUCUCUCAUUGUCUGGCUGAUCUCAAACAAGAGAGAGAACAGCUUAACCGAACAGUCUGCGGGCUCAGAGAUAAAAGAGAUAACUUUGUUAAAUCCAUGAGUGACCUGAGAGAGGAGAAAGCGCAGCUAACCAAGACUUUGUGUGCUCUUGGAAGAGAAAACGAGGCACUGACGGAACAUCUCUCAAGUGGGAAAGAAAAGAGAGAUCAAAUCAUGCAGUCCUUACAAAGUUUACACACAGAGAGUGAUCACUUAACCCAAGUGGUGCUCAAUUUGAAGCAGGAGAGAGACGGACUCGCCGUUUCUCUCAAGGAACAGGAAGACCAGAGGCAAUCGACUUACGCUUCGCAAGACGAGCGCGACGCGCUGAUGAUGUCAGUUAGCAGCUUGACAGAUGAAAAAGAAAGAGCUGAGCAUUCAAUCACCUGUUUGAAAGUAGAGGAAAGGCAAAUAAUGCUUGCGAUUCAGGGUCUAAGAGAGGAAAGAAACGGCCUCCAAUCAGCUCUCUCCAGCCAAAUGCAGGCGGAUGAGAGGAAUCAGAGGCAGAAUGCGUGGAAUCAGUCUCUUAUCAGUGGUGACACGACAAAGACGGCAGAGACACUGGUCUGGACAGGAGAUGUGCAAAGAUGUCACUACAAAGAAAACUCUGCACAGCAGGAGGAAAGUGAUUUGCUGAGGGAGAUCGAAGCUUUGGGUGAACAACUGAAGAGGUCACAAGAGGAACUGGACAAAAGCCACACAGAAACAAAGAGGUUACACAGUGAACUGUGUCAGCUGGAGAUCAGGAGGGAAGAGGCUGAGAGGACAGCAGCUGAGAAGGGGAUGAGACUGGCAAGUGUGGCCUAUGAGAUGGAAGAAACCAGAAGGGACAACGAGUGCCUCAGUGGACAGGUGACGGAGCUGCAGAGCAAAGUGACAAACCUGGUGAGGGAGAAAAGUGAGGCUUUGUCUCUGAAGAAACAAACAGAGGAAGAGUACAACAUCCUCACAGCUCUGCUCAAAGCUAAGACUGUGGCUCUUGACGAGUUGAACCACGAGUACAUCGCUUUAAAACGAGGGCAGGUUUGUAAGGAUGACCUGAGUGCUGCUCUCAUGUCUGUGCGGACACGCUACAAUGACAUCAGAGCUAAGUACGAUGCACUCCUGAAAAAGAGGAGCCAGACAGAUCUGGAUGUAGCUCCUUUAAAGGCCAAGCUGUCGUGUCUGGUGGUGAAGUGUCAGGAGAGGAACAGCCUCUUAGGUCAGAUGAUGAAAGCUGCGCACAGACGAGGGUGCAUCGACUUCACACUCAGACAGCGAGUUGAGCAGCUGCUCGAGGACGCCGCUCUGCAGGACUACACUGUGGCAUUCACACCAGGGAGCUUCGGAAGAACCGGGGAUUACACUGCGGGGUUUACACCAAAAGUUAUCACAGAAUUUCCCGACGAAGCUACCGGAUUCACAUCCGCAAAUGAGCCAAAAUGCCAAAAUGGGUUCUCACCUAAAUCUGAACUCAAGGGCAGAGACUUAAAGAGUGAGACGCGUGCUUCUAUAUCCGUGACGGAGCCUUCAACAAAUCUACAAGACUGCAGGAGUGAAGUCAGACCUGCGGCAGCAGGGACACUGCAGAGAGAUGCCAACUCGACUGCGCCAAACACACUAGUGCAAGACAGUGAAGCCAAAGCUGUGUUUUCAGCAGCUAAAGAGAGUUUGAUCACCAACACUGCACAGCUUUUUCCAUCUGCCAGUGGACCAGUCCCAUCAACCAGAGGGUCAGAGUUUUCAGGAUUUCAUCCGGAUUCAUUGAAAGGAAAGUCCCCAGAUUUGAUCAGCUCAUCUGGAUCCUUAGUGAGUCCCACUCGUCCCUGCACCAUCACACGUGUCAGUCUGAACAGGAGGCUGAGCAGCCCCGAGAAGAUCAUGAACCUGCAUGAGCAGCUGCAGAAGACUCUGAUGGGCAGCUUCCAGGUCCCUGUAAGCAGAGGAAGACGACAGGAGCCCAGAAAAAGUCUGUCUGUUUCAUCCGCUGCUGACCUGAACCUGUCAUCUCAGACAAACAAGCAAAGUUUCAACAAACCCCGAACCAACUCCCUCCACGCCGCCGCUGCUUCAAGCCGAGCUAUGCACCGUCCUGUAGUAACAACUAAACCAGCCGCAACACUUUUUAAUGCAGUUGUGUCCAGGUCUGCUAACGCUGCAUUUAGCCCCAACAGCUUUACUUACAACCAUUUCAAAGCAGACAAACGUACAACGUCAACACCUGCUCUUUCUACCUCCUCUGACGAAUCAGCCUCAAACAGUGGUGCUAACAGGGCGACAUCCCCGGAAAUGACGACGACAGUCGCUGCUAUCUCUAACAUAUCUGAUACAAUGCACACAGCUCCGCCUCCGUCAACUCUGAGGACCAAUGCCUUUGACUCGAAUGACUUCAAGUGUUUUGACAGCAAUCCGAAAACCACUGCCUCAGACACGACUGCCCCUGGAAAAUCCACUGCCCCCAAAUUGAAUGGUUGUAAUGGUGCUGCCUCUGCUUACGAGGGAUUUUUGUUCACUGCGUCCUCGACUCACUCUCCUGAGAGAUCCCACAAGUCUGCUGCUCAAGAAAAGACCAAGUCAACAAGCCUAAGACUGGGAGCCCCAGCAGAGGUGCGCUCUGUCGAGGUCAUCAAAACAGUGGGUCAGAGCAGCCUCCUGAUUGGCUGGGAGAGGCCCCCGCUCGACGAGCUGGGCUGCAGUAACAGCACGUUUGUGUACGGUUACAGGGUGUUUAUCGAUGGUGACUUCCACAAAUCUGUCAUGAGCUCGGCGUGCACCAAGUGUAUUGUGGAGAAUGUCGACGUGAGCGUCCCCGUCCACAUCGGUGUCCAAACGCUGGGGUCUAACGGUCUGUGUUCAAAUAGGGUCCACGUCACGUACAGGACCUCGGACGGGACUGACCAGAACUGACUUUCUUCAUCUCACACAGUGGUUUAGAUCAACAAUGCACAGCCAUGUAUAGCUGCAGCCCUCGGAGGGACUGUCCCAACCUCCACCUCAGCUGAGACACCAGCACAUGGCACAGAUGUCCUCUCCAUGUGAGGCUCAGGUCAACCAUCAUUGUUACCUGUGAGCCGGCCACGGAACCUCAUUAAAUGAAGAUGUCAAAUACAGCAUUAGAUUCCUGCCUCUGUGCUGACAGUUAUUCUGCAGGUAGAGUGACUCCAUCCUUUUAUUUUUUUGUUUUUUUUAGAAGAACUUCCUGUUUCAGAACCCCACCCACUGGAUUAAUCUCAUGAAAGGAUUGAACGUUAAGACACGCAGGUGUAAGGCCAAGAAGUCCUGAAAAACUGAUGAUGCAAAUGUUUAUAAAGACGAGCUCAACUGCAUUUUCAAAAAGCUGCCGUGAUGCCUACACUCACUCACUCACUCACUCACUCACUCACUCACGCUGGAGGAGCGUCUGCUCCUGCUGCACAUUUCUACACUGGGUUAAAACUGUGACAGAUCGCGAGUCAUGUGACUGUAGCGUCACUGAAGAUCCCCACUGCUGCCUCUCUCCGGACUCAAAGACACCUUCACCAGCCAAGUUGAAGGGACUUUUGCCGUCUUUUUCCAAGCUACACUCUCCACAUUGUCAAUAUCAUCCGACUCGAUUUCACCACAUGAAGCCAAAUAUGACGAAAGAUGAUUCAGUCCAAAGACUUAUUAUCUCUUUCGUUCACCUCACAGGUCGACGGGACGUCUUUAAACACAGAUGCUAUUUUAUUUCUGAAAUUUGCACAUCAUCAUUACAUAAAUAAAUAAAUAAUAAUAAUAAUAAUAAUAAAAAAAAAAGCUAUUGCCACUGAUAUUUUUUUUUGAAGACGAUACUAUAAGAAACAUAUAUGAAUGGUGUAUAGAAAAUGAAAUCACACGUGUGGUUUAUAUGAGCUACUUUCAUACCUAAUCCAUGUCACGUCUGCACGCUCAUUCUGAUUCUUGUUUUUAUACAAAGUUCACGGCACGCGCGUGACGUCCUCUGCUAUUUUUACUGUACGCGCGAGUGUGGAGUGACCGUGGUGCAGCAAAUGUAUUUUUCUAUCUGUGAUUGAUGAUAUUGAUUUCCCAUUGAUUGCUUACAACUGUGUAUAGAAUAAAUGUUUAUAUGAUAUUAACUGUCA